GGCGGAGCGAGAUAUCUCCGCCCAUAGUGGCUGUAGGGAAGGAGUCUGGCCGAAGUGAGAUCAAUGCACAUAUUUGCUUCGACUUCAAAGUAUAUUUUGUUUAGUGUAGUGUUAUCAAAGAGAUCUGGGUCGUAUGCCCUCCUUUUCCAUGUUUUACCCAUCCUAACCCCCAUAUCCUUUCCAAAUCCGUAUCAAUCGGGAUACUGCUAAAGAACUGAAGUGGCCAUCUGUUCGCUUUGAUGUUGGAACACAUGUUAUGGCGUUUUGGUGCGCAACCGUCUGCCUUCUGCUAAAACAAAUUAGAGUAUAGUGCCAUAUGUGAGCGUGAAGUCUGGUUAUGAAUAUCAAAAUUAAAGAAAUGAGGUAGCGUAUUUUAUAAUCAUCACCAUACAAGUUAUCGACGUGGUUCAACCCCAAAGACCACCCAGUUGUUAAAGUAAUCGAAGAUCGACACCGUUUGAAGUCGAGGAUAAACUUGGACUGUUUCUCAUAACUUUCGCCAAAAUCUACAAUGAUGAUCCUUGAACCCUUUCAUAUCAGGUUUUAACAUCGGAGAAGGGAGGAAGAAAGAAUACUUGAACAGCUGGAGCCACUCCAACUGUGUUGCUGCUCUUGCUGCUGCCUUCUUUGCUUUAGAUAUUAACAUAAACAACAGCAUGAAAACCCUUCGGUGUUUCUUGCUACGGAUCACGAUGAUACUGCUCUCGGCUCUGAGUUCAACCCAAUUAAACAAUGAGAAAAGAGUGGGAGCGAUGGGACGAUACCGCUGGUCAUCGGAAUUUCAAAACGCUAGUCUAGCCACGCCCCCUGGCCUUAAUGGCACAAACUACGAGGCUGGAAGUGGAAGGACUUUUCCCAGUGUGAAAUACAAAGGAGAAACGUACAGGUCGUUUUCUGUUUCUCAACUUGACAAGGAGGCGAAAGUUUUAGUAAGUGGAACUGGAGGAGAUGCUUCGUUAUAUAACGGCGUUGCAGUUAGUAACGAAGAUACACAUCAUAAUUGCAGAUAUCCAAGAUUCGCAGUUAAUGAGAUCGCAAACGGAUCUACGUCGAAUUCGGACAGGGUCAAACUGACCUUGAACCCAAAACUCGAGUCGGAUGCUGGGGCGAAACUGGGCAAUUUUCUCAUUGAUAUUUUGACCGUUACUGGCCAUGUCGACGUUCAUCUCGUCACCAAAGGAGUUAUCGUGAAGGGUCUCGACACUGUCGCCAACAUGUUAGUUUCCCGCUAUAUCCAAAUCGAGCUGUGGCCGAACCUCAUCAAAUUCCUGUCGCAUCUUGGACCCACCGAGGGUUACCUCAGCGCAGACCAGUUCAUCGUCUAUGGUUCCUCAAAUGACAUCGUCAACAUAGUUGUUACGAGACGCCAGUACAUGGAUGUUAUAAAUAUAGGGAUAACGACGUGGUAUUACGUGGUCUUAGACAACGUAGUCAGCAACCAAAAACUAGCGAAUACCAUGGAGGAAGGCAGCAUCUCGAUUCUUCUGCGUCCGUCGCUCCAUCGAGCUGAAGACUGGGUCGCCUACACUCUGAUCUCGCCAGGGGACGGGACGCGCUUUUUCCAGGUCGUAGGAAAAUGGACGAAGACCUCAGGUCUGAAGGUGACGAAGACCAUCUUCCCGGCCGAGUCGAUGGACUUCCUGGGCCGACAUCUGAUUAUCGGUGUCAUUAACAAACCAAGGGUGCUCGAAAUUAAAAGAUCGGGUGAAGGCUCGCUGGUGGAGAUGGUCGGUUACUCGAACGACAUCUUGAAGAUCAUCCAGAAGUUCUUGAAUUUCACAGUCGAACCAAAGGAGUACUCUACCUGGGGUCAUGUGCUCCCAGACGGUACAUGGGACGGUGUAAUUGGUGACCUCAUGCAAAAGAAAAUUGACUUCAGUCCCAUGGAUUUCACACCAACGAAGGAAAGUCGAGAGGUCAUUGACUUCACUGACUGGGUGAGCGAAGAUCCUGUGGUCAUCUUAUCAUCUUUUCCACAGCCACAAAUCAGCCCUUGGUUGCUGCUGGAAAUAUUUACCCCAUGGGUGUAUGUCCUCAUGGGAAUCGUGUUUGUAAGCAGCGGAUGCGUUCUGUGGGUGUUUAUCCAUCUCAACACAAAUCUGCUCCCGGGGGCUUAUCCUAUCCCCAAAAAAGCCACACUUCGCGACGUUGUUACUCUGGUCACAAAGACCAUUGUCGCUCAAGCCGUCAACCACGUCCCCGAAGAAUUCAGCAGUCGCAUCUUCAUGAUCAUGGUGUGGUACGUUGCUCUGAUCCUGGACAUGACGUAUCAAGGAAGCAUCACGGCUUUUAUUGCGAUACCAAGGUACACCGAGCCCAUAGACAACCUCGAGGAGCUUUCUGCCAACUCCAGCGUCAUCCCGGUCACCGAGGAAUAUUCCACCACCUACACCAUGAUUGUGGAGUCGGGCAGAGAAUCAUUCCAGAAGCUGACUGAGAGACUGGAAACUUACGAUGCGGAAUUCUUGGAUUCAGAAGAAUUCUUCUAUGGUGUUGCUGUUGGAAAAUGGGCGUUUGUGGAUACCCACAGUUCGACCUACGGACGAGCGCUGAAUUUCGAGAACCAGAGGUCUCGAUGUAAGUUCUUCGUGUCCCGUGAGACCAUCAUUGGAGGUUUCGACGCCUGGCCCUUCCCGAGGAACUCGCCUGUCCACUCUCAGAUUUCGAACAGGAUCAAAUGGAUGCGUUACUAUGGCAUCCUAGAGAAAAUCAAAAAGCGGUACUACGUCUCCACUUGCGACACAUCUAGAAAUAUUGACGAAGCCUCGAAAAUGGGUCUGUUGCAGCUACAAGGGGUGUUCUACGUACUGGCGAUAGGAUGGACCAUCUCAGCGACUUUCUUCUUACUGGAGCUCAUUUACUAUACCAUCAGAAGAUGCUUUGAAUAACGAGCAUUCACUGAGGUUGGGUGUCGAUCCGCAGUCCCACGGGCUGGACGAGAAACCAGCGGUCUCCUCCGGCUGUGAGAUGAGAAGCAAUACUCUGAUUCUUUGUCGGCUAAAUCGUCACUCACUCGAGGGCUGAGUCGAGCAGGAGGAAAUGAAUGACGGAUUUCAGAAAACAUGAUAUAUUUAUUUAUUUAGAGAGUUGACUGUAAAAGGCUCUUCACCUAUAAAUCAUUUUAGUUCUUCACAGAAUGACACAAAUGCUUGUGGAAAUAAAUAGAUGGCACAACAUUCUUUGUAGGAAUGUUAUUAUAGCCAUGACUAUCGUACACAAAUCAUGAAUUAUGCAGACUAUUAUUAGAACCUGUUUUUGUGUGUUAUGGAAAUAUGGCACAGUAGCUGAGAGAAAACUACCGACUUCCAUUGCCGUCUGAUGAAUCCGGAAGGACGAGCCGCCCCUUUCAUUUCUUGUUCAAGCAUAAAGUGAUUUGACUGAGUAAUGUGCCUUAUGAUUUAGGGAACACGGAAGAUCAAGGAAUUCCUUGUCAUUUUUAAUGGAUAGAUGAGUAUUUAUAAUAGCCACGAUGAUCUUUUGAUUUACAAUUUCCCCACAGUUUUUGUUCAUACAUUUAUCACUGCAUUCCUGGAAUCCAGAUGUGGAACAUAUGAAGGGAACUUUCCUCCGUACGUUGGUUUAAAUCCCACUGUGGGUGAAUAGGGUUUCUUCAUCUGUUUACUAUAAUGAUUCGAGGCUCGCAGUGAUUAGGAAAUCGAAAAGCUAAAAGGUCACUGUGACUAUAACAAUUCGC